AUUUUAAAGACCCAUGAAUAUUCUGACAUAUGACGCCAUUCUCAUAUGGGUUAUCAUUUUGACCACUUUUAUUUUAAAUCUAUUUGUGAUAAGCAUCGUUAUUUGGUAUUACAGCCACAAAAAGAAAGCAGAAUGGUCUACCUCCGCUAUCGCGGUGCUGACUACCUCACUCUCCAUACAAGCCCUGGUGGUCCUCGGUAUCGACAUUUUCGCAACGAACCAAGUGACCUCUUAUGAUCAGGUUUCGGCCCCAAUUUUUUCCAUUAUCAGAAUUCUAUACUAUGUCUUCUACGGAUCCUCCGUCACCUCUUGUUUCCUCGUCCUCCCGUUCGCCUACUUCUGGUACGAAGCCUACAAUCCAGAAGAGAGCUCCUUUCAGCGGUUCAUGGAAGCCUUCAAGUACACCUGCCUCUUCAUCGUCUGCGCGGUCGUCAUUUUGAUCUUCGGCCUAUUCAUUCGCGUGAGCUAUACCGGCAACAGUGUUCCCAACAGCGCCAAGGACUGGAUAAGGGAAGUGCUGAAUUCUGUGAGUCGGGAACAGUCCGCGUUCAUCUUUCUGCUCGGGUCCAUGAAUCUGAUCGGCUGUCUAUUCUGGAUCACGUUUACGGCCUUCGGCUUGUCCGAACUGCCCAUCAGCCUGAUCUGCGACGGUCUGUAUUCCAUGAGGAACAAGGAGGACAGCGAAUCCGACAUUCUGCUCGCGCAUCAAGCGACUGAGCCCAUCUUCGUGUCCGGGUACUCCAGCAGGAUAGACGAAGGAUACUACACUUGGAACCGAUACAUGGAGAAAGUAGAGAAGAAGUUAACUAAAUUUUUUUACGGAAUGAAAUAUUGCUACUUUUCUCUCGUCCUCAUCACAGGAAUUCUGUUCACCCUGGUUUCGGCUACGUUGGUCGCCUGUAUCUUGACGAGCAUCGUCUACCAACUGAUUCAGAACUACUGCGGCCCUCAGUGCCAAAUAAAGCUCUUGGCCAACCCCAACCUUCGAAACCUAAUCGACAGAAUACUCGGCCUCUUGCAACACAUUCAUCCCCUCGACUUCAUCCUGCUCUCCCUAAUACUGGCCUAUUUUUACUUUGCGACCAUCAGCGGCAUUCGCUCGAUCCAAAUUCGCUGCUUUUUUGUCAAAAUCUUUUCCUUCGGACGACACCGAACGUCCCCACAAGCUCUAAUCAUCGCGUCUGGCAUACUCAUCUUCCUAGCUAUCUACCUGCCGACCGAGCUCUCCCUGUUGGCACCACAGUACACAUACUGGGGACACAAGCACUGGCUCAAUGAGACCGAUUCAACCCAUCACCCCUGUGACAUUUCUCACAUCUUUUCCGAAAAACUGAAAACCAACGGCUGCAAAAUAACGGAAAUGGGACAACUCAUCUCGAAAAUCAUGGGCGGCUACACCCUCUUCAGCGUUGGCAUCUACAUCAUCUCCUGGCUAUUCAUGCUAACUUUCAUUCUAGGCAUCGUCAAAUCUAUCUACUCUAAUAGAAGGCGAAACAUCUCUUACCAACUCAAUGUUGUAACGUGAAAUUCGCUUUCUUUCCCCAAUGACUUCACAUGCCGCCGCCGAAAAAUGCCUCCCUCUCUCAGAGCUUCACUGCUCGCGCAAGCACCUCGGCUGUCGUAUAACUUUGGGGGCGCACCACCGUCCGUGAAGAAAAAUACGCAAGCUGGACGACGACCUUUUUUUUUUCAAAAUCUAUUGUACCAUUCAGAUGCGGUCGGUACGGAUCGUCCCGCCGCGAGCCA